UCUUAUCAAAUGUGAAUUGUACUCUUUUUUGGAGUGAAGAAAAAGAUGCCUUCUCUGCACAUCUAAAGAGGCAAAUCCAGCCAAACAAAGAAGAAGAAGGAAAGAGAGCAAAAACCCUUCUCCAUUUUUGAGGUACAAAAUAAACUACAAGUUUUUUUGCAAAAAUGAUUUCCCAUUCUCAUUUCUCUCUUUAGAACAAUACCCAUUUCCCUCAUUUCCUCCAUUUCCCCUAAAUUCCCUGAGGUUUUUACAGUUCCCAUGUUUUGAGUCUUCAAUGGAAAUGAAAAUGGGGAUUUCUUCUUUCAACCCUUUUUGUACUCUUCUUCUUUCUUUGGCCUUCUUCUCCAUUUUCACACUAAUCCCACCUGCACAAUCUGGUUCUGAUUACACUUCCUUGGUCUAUAAGGGCUGUGCUAAGCAAGCUCUUUCAGAUCCAACUGGGGUUUACACCCAAGCACUUUCAGCCCUUUUUGGCUCUUUAGUUUCACAAUCCACCAAAGCCAGAUUCUACAAAACCAGCUCUGGAAGUGGUCAAUCCACCAUUAAUGGUCUUUUCCAAUGUAGAGGGGACCUUAGCAAUGGCGAUUGUUACAAUUGUGUGAGUAAAAUCCCUCAAAUCGUUCAGUCCUUGUGUGGGAAAACCAUAGCUGCAAGAGUUCAACUCUAUGGCUGCUAUUUGUUGUAUGAGGUUUCUGGGUUUGCUCAAAUUUCAGGGUUUGAAAUGCUGUAUAAAACUUGUGGCUCUACGAAUGUUGCUGGAAGUGGGUUUGAAGAGCGUCGAGAUACUGCUCUGUCUGUUUUGGAGAAUGGUGUUGUGAGUGGCCAUGGAUUUUACACCACAAAUUACCAAUCUGUUUAUGUUUUGGGGCAAUGUGAAGGGGAUUUGGGGGAUUCAGAUUGCGGCGAAUGUGUUAAAAAUGCUGUUCAAAGAGCUCAAGUUGAAUGUGGAAGCUCAAUUUCAGGCCAACUUUAUCUCCACAGAUGCUUUAUAAGUUACAGUUAUUACCCAAAUGGGGUGCCCACAAGAUCAUCAUCACCAUCAUCUUCAUCUUCCUCCUCAUCAGGAGGAAAUAUAGGGAAAACAGUGGCUAUAAUUCUUGGAUCAACAGCAGGAGUGGCAUUUGUUGUCAUUUGUUUGCUUUUUGCAAGAGGGUUAAUGAAAAAACAUGAUGAUUAUUGAAAGAAGCAAGAUGAGAAGAUCUUCAAAGAUGCAAAAACAAUUCUUUUUUCUUUCUCUUUCUUUUUUUCCUUUUUAAUGAACAGAAUGUCCCCUUCUUUUUUUUCUCUAAAAAGGAAUGUGAUUUUUUUUGGUGGUGAAUAGGGAUUUUGUUCAAAAUUGAAAGAAUGAAAUGAAUGAUGUGUAUGAAACUGAAAUAAUUUUUACAGAAAGUGAAGAUGAAGAAUGUAGGGAAUGAAAAAUGGUGGUAACCCAUUCAUUCUUUUGAACUUAUUUGGUUCUAUUAUAUACAUAAUCUAUCUAUAAUGGAGAUUAUAUAUCUCUUUUUUUUGCUUGAA